GGACGCGCGGCGGGGGCGGGGGCGGGGAAGCAGCUAGCUGUCGGGAUCGGGCGGCGCGGGCGCAGGACGUGGAGGAGGCCUGGCUGGCGGCGGCGCAGGCCGGUGUGGCACGGGUUUUCUUCACUUUCAACUAAUGAAGAAUGGGAGAGAUAGAAGGAACAUACAGAGCUUUACCAACUUCAGGGACACGCUUGGGUGGCCAGACCUCCAUUGGAGUGAGUACCCUGGAGCCAGAGCAGAGCCUGUCACCCAGGAUGCAGGAGAAGCACAUGCAUAUCAGAGUGAAGCUGCUGGACAGCACUGUAGAGUUAUUUGACAUUGAGCCGAAGUGUGAUGGGCAGGUCUUACUGACACAAGUGUGGAAGCAUUUGAAUCUGAUUGAAUGUGACUACUUUGGUCUGGAGUUCAAGAACGUCCAGUCCUACUGGAUUUGGCUUGAACCUAUGAAACCCAUCAUUAGGCAAGUACGAAAGCCAAAAAAUGCGGUGCUUCGCCUGGCAGUAAAAUUUUUCCCGCCUGACCCUGGUCAGUUGCAAGAAGAGUACACAAGGUACCUGUUUGCCUUGCAACUCAAGAGAGACCUCCUGGAGGAACGCCUGACCUGCGCGGCCAGCACUGCAGCCCUUCUCAUAUCCCACCUUCUGCAGUCGGAAAUCGGAGAUUAUGAUGAAAUCCUGGAUCGAGAACACCUCAAAGCCAAUGAAUACUUGCCCAACCAGGAGCAAGCUCUGGAAAAGAUACUAGACUUCCAUCAGAGGCACACGGGCCAGACUCCUGCAGAGUCAGAUUUCCAGGUGCUUGAGAUUGCAAGGAAGUUGGAAAUGUAUGGCAUCAGGUUUCACAUGGCUUCUGACAGAGAAGGGACCAAGAUUAACCUGGCAGUUUCUCACAUGGGUGUCCUGGUGUUCCAGGGUACCACCAAAAUCAAUACUUUCAACUGGUCCAAGGUCCGUAAACUAAGCUUCAAGAGAAAAAGAUUUCUUAUUAAACUCCACCCUGAGGUCCAUGGGCCCUACCAGGACACAUUAGAGUUCUUGUUGGGUAGCAGAGAUGAAUGUAAGAACUUCUGGAAGAUAUGUGUGGAAUACCAUACCUUUUUUAGACUCUCUGACCAGCCUAAGCCAAAGGCAAAAGCUGUCUUCUUCAGCCGAGGCUCCUCCUUCAGAUACAGUGGAAGAACUCAGAAACAACUAGUAGAUUAUGUCAAAGACGGUGGGAUGAAGAGAAUUCCAUAUGAAAGACGGCACAGUAAGACUCGGACAUCUCUUCAUGCUCAGACUGUAGAUCUGCCAAAACAGAGCGUCUCCUUCACCGAUGGCUUGAGAACUUCUGCCUCCCUGUCUUCAGCAAAUGUCUCAUUUUAUCCACCCCCUAGUUCUUUGUCCCCUCCUGGCCUGCCCAAUUUGAAGGACAGCAGCAGCUCCCUUGUGGAUCCCCAGGCUCCCCACAUCAAGAGCACAGCAGCAGAGAGGAGCAGCAGACCAUCAUCGUCUGACGGCCCCAGCACACAGACGGCCCAUCUCCCUGGACCCCCUGUGCUCCAGCCUGGUCCAGGCUUUUCUAUGGAUAGCCCUCAGCCUUCUCCCUCCAGCCUGAAGAGCCAACUGAGCCUGAGCCCUGAGCUUCAGGCCUCUCUGAGCACAGCUGAGCAGGGUGCAUCCCCUGUGCUCAGUCCUGUCCUCAGUGGUGUUGGUACAGCCAAGAUGGACAACCAAGAAGAGCAGAAACACAAGCACGUGCCAGAAGAUGAGGCCUAUUUCAUAGCCAAGGAGAUUCUCGCUACAGAACGAACUUAUCUGAAGGAUUUAGAAGUUAUCACUGUGUGGUUCCGAAGCGUGGUGAUCAAGGAGGAGGCCAUGCCUGCAGCCCUGAUGACCCUGCUUUUCUCCAACAUUGAUCCAGUCUACGAGUUCCACCGAGGCUUCCUCCAUGAGGUGGAGCAGAGGCUGGCACUCUGGGAAGGGCCCUCCAGUGCCCACUUAAAAGGUGAUCAUCAGCGAAUCGGGGAUAUCCUCCUCAGGAACAUGCUUCAGUUAAAGGAAUUUACUAGCUACUUCCAAAGACACGAUGAGGUCCUAACAGAACUGGAAAAGGCCACAAAACACUGUAAAAAGCUAGAGGCGGUCUACAAAGAGUUUGAGCUCCAGAAGGUCUGCUACCUGCCUCUCAACACAUUCCUGCUGAAGCCCGUCCAGAGGCUAGUCCACUACCGCCUGCUGCUGAGCCGGCUGUGUGCCCACUACUCUCCUGAGCAUUGCGACUAUGCCGACUGCCAUGAGGCACUGAAGGCCAUCACAGAAGUGACCACCGAGCUCCAGCAAAGCCUUACCCGGCUGGAAAACCUACAGAAGUUGACAGAGCUACAGCGAGACCUGGUCGGUGUAGAAAACCUCAUUGCUCCUGGAAGGGAGUUCAUACGUGAGGGCUGCCUUCAUAAGCUCACCAAGAAGGGCCUGCAACAGAGGAUGUUUUUUCUGUUUUCAGAUAUGUUGCUGUAUACAAGCAAAAGUGUCACAGGAGCCAGUCAUUUCCGGAUCCGCGGCUCCCUUCCACUCCGUGGCAUGCUGGUAGAAGAAAGUGAGAAUGAAUGGUCUGUUCCUCAUUGCUUCACCAUCUAUGCAGCUCAGAAAACAAUUGUGGUAGCAGCCAGCACUCGGCUAGAAAAGGAAAAGUGGAUGCAGGACCUGAAUGCAGCAAUCCAGGCAGCCAAGACUAUUGGUGACUCACCCCCAGUGCUGCUAGGAGGCCCAGUGUAUACUCGUACCCCUAGAUCUUCCGAUGAAGUCUCUCUGGAAGAGUCAGAAGAUGGUCGAGGAAACCGGGGCUCCCUGGAGGGGAACAGCCAGCACCGGGCCAAUACCACAAUGCAUGUGUGCUGGUACCGAAACACAAGUGUGUCCAGAGCAGACCACAGUGCAGCUGUUGAGAACCAGCUUUCAGGAUAUCUGCUGAGGAAGUUCAAGAACAGUAAUGGCUGGCAGAAGCUCUGGGUGGUCUUUACCAACUUCUGCUUGUUCUUCUAUAAAACACAUCAGGAUGACUACCCCCUGGCCAGCCUCCCACUGUUGGGUUACAGCGUGAGCCUCCCCAGGGAGGCUGACAGCAUCCACAAAGACUAUGUCUUCAAGCUCCAAUUCAAAUCUCACGUCUACUUCUUCCGGGCCGAGAGCAAGUAUACAUUUGAAAGGUGGAUGGAAGUCAUCAAAAGGGCCAGCAGCUCACCAGGGAGACCCCCAAGUUUCACUCAGGACUGCUCACAUCACUCUCCAGGGCUGGAGGCAGAGAUCAGAGAAAAGGAGGCAUGUCCUUCACCCUGCUUGGACAAGAACCUCUGACAAGAGGCUUGCAGGGACUGUAAGCAUCAUCCCAGGCACUGAACAACUGGCAUCAUCUUCCUACCAGAUGAUAGGUGGCGCUGACCCUGGGAUGGGCCUCAUAAGACCUCUAGGAGGGGUUCUGCCUGCCCCCAACCUCCAGAAACAGUGAAGACUCAUGAUGGCUGGGGCACAUGUCUGAGAUCCAUGAAAAGGAAGUGAAGGUCCUUAGUUUCAUGAACAUAGCCCUGCUAAGGACUAGCCCUAAAUACUGGUUGGGUUGCUUCUACCUAUAGCCUCAGACAAGCACUAUAUACUCAGGCUUAUGUGAUUAGCUCAUAUUACUCUAGGGGUUAGCCUGCAGAUCAUAGCAAAAGCUGCUCUGGCUCCCAUCCCACUUAAAAGAACAUCUCCCCCACCCACCAGCAUCCCUUUUGCCCUUCAGAAGGCCACCAGAAAGUGUUAGGUUAUAUGACAAUAUUUAGAAGGGACAAUGGCUCAGAGGCUACAGAAAUCCCGUCUGGCUCUGUACAUCAGAACAUCUCCAAUCCAGGUCUUUAUUGAAAUGGUAGGGCUUUCAAUGCUCUAUUAAAACUAACACUGUCAGAA